AUGACCAGUUGUUGUGUUUCGCGAACUCUCCUGGAGAGCUUCAGGCUUUUCUUUGCCUUUGCGGCGCUCGCCCUGGCCGUGGUGCCGUUGUUCAUUCCCGUAUUUACGGCUCCCGAUGACCUGACCGGAGUCAACGCAAGCAGCAACUCCACAAAGGGCAAGAUAACCCUGUGGGAGGAGCGUUUCUGGGUGCCGGGGGUCGACCAUGAGGAACUCGUCAAGGUGGAGCUUGUGGACUACUUCACAUGUAACAACGGCAGGAGGCGCAUUCAAAUUACAGAGGGCAUUGCUAUCGUGGCGUGUGUCGUGACGGGGUUAAACUUUGUUAUGUGCAUUUUCUCUUUUUUUGCCGGUCGACUGCUUUACUUCGCGCUGGCCAUUUACUUCCCUCUGGCCGUUGGGGCCUCCGCGACGGUGUUCGCCCUGCUGCUGGAGUGGUUCUACGGGGGCUGGUGCGAGAGCCAGCCACCCCUCUCGGAGCGGAGUGGGGUGCAUUGGAAGUACGACGUUGGGUGGUUUCUCCUGGUCGUCUCCACGGGCUUCUCGCUUCUGGGCCUCAUCUCCACGUUCAUUAUACGCUGA